AACAAAAAAGCACUUAAAGACCUCUAAUGCUUCAGCGUAGAAAUCAACUUUGAUGAACUUUCAGAAAUUACAGCACUGUUGAGAGAAAAGAGCCCAGUGAGUUGGUUGGAGGAUGCCUUCAGUGUUCAGUGCCAGGCCACACUUAAAAAAGCAUCCACAACCAUCUUUUUCCUCCCUCCAUUUUGAAAAUUAAAAACACACGAUUCAGAUGUAGGUUUAAAUACCAGGGUAGUCUAGGAUAGUGGUUCUCAACCUUCUUUGCUCAUUAGAAUCACCCUGAAUGCUGUUAGAAGUCCCUAUGCCCUAACCGCUACAAUCAGCAUCUCUGAGGGUGGGACCUGGCAUCGGGUAUUAUUUAAAGUUCUCUGUGAGUCCAGCGUGCAGCCAAGGGUAACAGUCACUUAUCCAGGAGAAACAUAGUAAGUGGCUUUCUAAAACCAACUUUUCCAACAACAAUGAUUUCCGUGCUCUUCUGCAGUCUCUGUAUGCUACUUUUAAGGAGUUCAAAAUGCACGAGCAGAUUGAAAAUGAAUACAUUAUUGGUUUGCUUCAACAACGCAGCCAGACCAUUUAUAAUGUACAUUCUGACAAUAAACUCUCUGAGAUGCUUAGCCUCUUUGAAAAGGGUCUGAAGAAUGUUAAGAAUGAGUAUGAGCAGUUAAAUUAUGCAAAACAACUGAAAGAGAGACUGGAGGCUUUUACAAGAGACUUUCUUCCUCACAUGAAAGAGGAAGAGGAGGUUUUUCAGCCCAUGUUAAUGGAAUAUUUUACCUAUGAAGAGCUUAAGGAUAUUAAAAAGAAAGUGAUUGCACAGCACUGCUCUCAGAAGGAUACUGCAGAGCUCCUUAGAGGUCUUAGCCUCUGGAAUCAAGCUGAGGAGCGGCAGAAGUUUUUUAAAUAUUCUGUGGAUGAAAAGUCAGAUAAAGAAGCAGAGGUGUCAGAACAGUCCGCAGGUAUAACUCACCUUCCUCCUGAGGUAAUGGUGUCAAUCUUCAGUUACCUUAAUCCUCGAGAAUUAUGUCGCUGCAGUCAAGUGAGCACUAAAUGGUCUCAGCUGGCAAAGACUGGAUCACUCUGGAAGCAUCUUUACCCUGUUCAUUGGGCCAGAGGUGACUGGUAUAGUGGUCCUGCAACUGAACUUGAUACUGAACCUGAUGAGGAAUGGGUGAAGAAUAGACAAGAUGAAAGUCGUGCUUUUCAGGAGUGGGAUGAAGAUGCCGAUAUAGAUGAAUCUGAAGAGUCUGGAGAGGAAUCGAUUGCUAUCAGCAUUGCACAAAUGGAGAAACGUUUACUCCACGGCUUAAUUCAUAAUGUUCUACCAUAUGUUGGCACUUCUGUAAAAACUUUGGUAUUAGCCUACAGCUCUGCAGUUUCCAGCAAAAUGGUUAGGCAGAUUUUAGAGCUUUGUCCUAAUUUGGAGCAUUUGGAUCUCACCCAAACUGACAUUUCAGAUUCUGCGUUUGACAGUUGGUCUUGGCUUGGUUGCUGCCAGAGUCUUCGGCAUCUUGAUCUAUCUGGAUGUGAAAAAAUCACAGAUGUGGCUCUAGAGAAGAUUUCUAGAGCUCUUGGAAUUUUGAUGACUCAUGAGAGUGGCCUUUUAAAAACUUCUACAAGCAAAGUUACUUCGACUACAUGGAAAAAUAAAGACAUUACCCUGCAGUCCUCCAAGCAGUCUGCCUGUGUGCAUGAUGUAACUAACAAGGAUAUUGGAGAAGAAGUAGAUAAUGAACACCCCUGGACUAAACCUAUUUCUUCUGACGAUUUCACUUCACCUUAUGUGUGGAUGUUAGAUGCUGAAGAUUUGGCUGAUAUUGAAGAUGCUGUAGAAUGGAGACAUAGAAAUGUUGAAAGUCUUUGUGUAAUGGAAACAGCAUCCAACUUCAGUUGUUCCUCCUCUGCUUGUUACAGUAAGGACAUGGUUGGACUAAGGACUAGUGUCUGCUGGCAACAGCAGUGUGCUUCUCCGGCCUUUGCGUUUUGUGGUCAUUCAUACUGUUGUACAGGAACAGCUUUAAGAACUAUGUCAGCUCUCCCAGAGUCUUCCGCGCUGUGUAGAAAAGCACCAAGGACUAGACUGCUUCGGGAAAAAGACUUAGUUUACUCUGGGAGUGAAAAAUCUGACCAAGAGACUGGGCGUGUGCUUCUGUUUCUCAGUCUGUCUGGGUGUUACCAGAUCACAGACCAUGGGCUCAGGGUUUUGACUCUGGGAGGAGGGCUGCCUUAUUUGGAGCACCUUAAUCUCUCUGGUUGUCUUACUGUAACUGGUGCAGGCCUGCAGGACUUGGUUUCAGCAUGUCCUUCUCUAAAUGAUGAAUACUUCUACUACUGUGACAACAUUAACGGUCCACAUGCUGACACCGCCAGCGGAUGCCAGAACCUGCAGUGUGGUUUUCGAGCCUGCUGCCGCUCUGGCGAAUGACCCUUGACUUCUGACCCUUGUCUACUUCAUUUAGCUGAGCAGGCUUCCUUUCAUGCACUUUACUUAUAGCACAUUUCUUGUGUUAACCAUCCCUUUUUUGAGUGUGACUUGUUUUGGCCCCAUUUCUUACAGCCCCAGAAAUCUUAAUUUACCAGUGAAUUGUACAGUGUUGUUUCUCUUUGCAAAUCGUAUUUUUGUUUUAGAAAGGGAUUAGAUCUUUUCAUAGGGUGAGAACAGUUUUAUCAGAUUUCUUUUAAAUUGAAUACUUUGAAAAAAAUUGUCACUAAUACCAUGCCAUUUAAAGUCUUUUUUACAUUAUUUUGAGUUUUGAAGUCAAUGGGUAAUUGGUUCUCUUUAUAGAUAAACACUGUACCAAGCUUUGCAGAUCUUUUCAGACAUACAUUUCUGAAGUUUUAUUUUCAGAGACUGCACGUUUUGAAAACCGGUCUCUUUUCCAUGUUUUCUUUAAUUUGAACAGUUCCCAGAGGGCCAAUUCAAACAUACCCACAUGUAAGAUUCUCUUAAGAUGGUGAAAUAAAUUGGCUUCCUGGUGUCGGCUCCUUGAGCCGGCACAGCACCAGUGUCUUUGUACUUCCUUUCUUCAGAGACCCCAGUCCCCACCACUGUCCAAAAACGUGUCACGUUUGGGAGGGGUUUUUAAAAGUCCCACAGUUAUUUGAAGAAAUACAUAAAUAAAAUCUUUGAGGACUUUACCAAGUAA